UAUCGUGAUCUACAUUAUAGGGAAACCAGACCGGAUUAACGUCCACUAUUUGGAAUAUUGUUUUCGGAUUCUAAAGUGUUGCGAUCGCCGUACUUCUAAAUCUACACAACCUGGCUGUUUUUAUUAAACGCACGUAGUGAAGGUCGCUGUUUAACGAAAGCAGAAAGAAAGAAAGUGAAUGACCCGCUCUGAUUCAAUUUUCCCAUUUGAAGCUUCUUGAAAGUGAGCUAACAACAAUUAGACUUUACUGUCCAAGAAAACAGUUGCAUACUAUCAAAUACGUGCAUGCAGAAAUACCGUGGACUAUCUUUUUCCUUAAUAUGUCGAUGAAAUCGUUUAACGGAAUGUUUAUCAGUUUAUUGACAACGACCUUACUUAUGAGCCAUAUUGUAAUAACAAACGCUCUGCUGAAACGUUGCUACCAGUGUCGAUCACGGAGCGAACUUGGUAGCUGCAAAGAUCCGUUUCUUUUCAACGCAACCGUGGUAGAGAAUGAACGUGGCGUUACAGCAGUUCCGUGUGCUUCCGGUUGGUGUGGCAAGGUCAUCGAAGGAAUGGGAUCCUUCCGAGAAGAUGACUACGAUAUGGCCACACAACGCAUGUGUGUGCAGCGAGGACCAUCAGACUCCGAAGACCGGUGUGCGUACACAGUGUACAACCACAAAAAGGUGUAUAUGUGCUUUUGCCAAGGUGAUCUCUGCAAUCAUGGUACCGUCUACUUUCGCAAUACUCAACGCACUUGGGCCAUUAUCACCGGAGGAUCACUGCUGUUGAUGCUUUCGCAACGAUUUUUUCUUUGAUAGCUGCCACAACAAAAACAAUGACAAUGACUCAGAUUGGGAAGGUGCUGCAAAUCAAAAGAGGCGAAACUAUUGAAGGAUAAAUGCAAGUGCUUGUUACGAUUACUUAAUCGAAAAAGAACUAUUUUUAUCUGAAUUUCAUGAGCAUUGCCGCACAUCCUAACCAUCGAUACCACAUUCCGUUCAGAUAGCAAUAAUACUCAUUUAAUCACUCUAUUUUACAUUUACGUUCUCAUGAACCGACGACAUGUAUUACCUGUGAAUAAUAUCAUACUUAUUUGUUUUACAUACUCUCAUGGUCUGUAAGAUAUAUUUCCGGCCGUUGUGAAAAAAAUGUUAGAGAAGUAUAUUCUUUAUGAUCAUCGAUAAAUAAAAAUUGUCGACCGACACUUGUUAAAAGCGAUAGUUUUCUUUAUUUAUUUAAAAAAAUGAUAUUUACAAUUUUGUCGUGUAAGUGUAAUGUAAAUUACAGCGCAGUUGUAAUAAUUUCAACGGAAGAUGUUUUGUAGUUUACACAUAUUCCUUGAAAUUUAUCUUAGUAUAAGUUUAAGUAAUUCGAAAUUAACCGAAACAAAUCUAUUGCCACAUUAAUGAGACUAUAGCAAAGACGUGCGCAGCGUAGUACUUGUUGUUUUCUUAUC